UUCAGUGUUGUUGUGAAUCAAUCACACCACACAAGAUCUCAUCUCUCUCUCUCACACACACACACUUCUGUAUCUAUAUAUAUCUCUAUAUAUCGAUUGGUAAGCCAAGCCAAAAUGAAGGUAAUAGAGAAGAUUCUAGAAUCCACAUCAGCAGGAGAUGCCGGAAAGGUAGUAUUCUCCUUCGAAUUCUUCCCUCCGAAAACCGAAGAAGGUGUGGAAAACCUAUUCGAAAAGAUGGAGAGAAUGGUGGCACAUGAUCCAACUUUUUGUGAUAUAACUUGGGGAGCAGGUGGAUCAACUGCUGACGUCACAUUAGAGAUAGCUAGACGUAUGCAGAAUUUAGUGUGUGUUGAAACUAUGAUGCAUUUGACCUGUACUAAUAUGCCUGUUGAGAAGAUAGAUCAUGCUCUUCAAACUAUUAAAAAAGAUGGAAUUCAAAAUGUGCUUGCUCUUAGAGGUGAUCCGCCACGUGGACAGGAUAAGUUUGUCCAGAUCCAAGGCGGUUUCGCCUGUGCUCUUGAUCUGGUUGAGCAUAUCCGCAAGUCAUAUGGUGACUACUUUGGCAUAGCUGUUGCUGGUUACCCAGAGGCACAUCCUGAGGUCAUAGGAAGCAAUGGCUUGGCUACACCAGAAGCAUAUGCAAAUGAUCUUGCUUACCUCAAGAAAAAGGUUGAUGCUGGAGCAGAUGUGAUUGUCACUCAACUGUUCUAUGACGUUGACAAUUUUCUCAAAUUUGUGAAUGAUUGUCGGCAAGUUGGAAUAACUUGUCCCAUUGUUCCUGGCAUUAUGCCCAUUAACAACUAUAACGGCUUCAUUCGCAUGACUGGCUUCUGCAAAACUAAGAUCCCAUCUGAAAUCACUGCCGCUUUAGAGCCCAUCAAGGACAAUGAGGAAGCUGUUAGAGCCUAUGGAGUUCACCUUGGAACUGAAAUGUGCAAGAAAAUCAUGGCUAGUGGAAUCAAGACGUUGCAUCUAUAUACACUUAACAUGGAGAAGUCUGCAUUGGCAAUUUUGACGAAUCUUGGAUUGAUAGAAGAGUCCAAAAUAUCAAGGCCACUACCAUGGAGGAGACCUACCAACCUUUUCCGUCUUAAAGAAGAUGUUAGACCAAUAUUCUGGGCCAAUCGUCCAAAGAGCUACAUAACAAGGACCACUGGUUGGGAGCAAUAUCCACAUGGGCGUUGGGGUGAUGCUUCCAAUGCAUCAUAUGGAGCAUUAACCGACCAUCAGUUCAUGAGACCAAAAUCACGUGACAAGAAAAUUCAAGAGGAGUGGGUGGUCCCUUUGGCAACGUUUGAUGAUAUUUCUGAGAAAUUCAUGAAAUACUGCCUUGGGCAACUGAAAACUAGCCCUUGGUCUGAAUUAGAUGGACUUCAGCCAGAGACAAAGAUCAUCGACGAACAAUUAGCUUCGAUAAACCUUAAGGGCUUCCUCACUAUCAAUAGCCAGCCGGCCGUUAAUGGAGCUAAAUCUGACUCCCCUUCAAUUGGAUGGGGACCUGCGGGUGGGUACGUUUACCAGAAAGCAUAUGUGGAGUUUUUCUGCUCGGGCGAAAAGUUAAAUGCUCUUGUGGAGAAAUCAAAGGAGUACCCUUCACUCACAUACAUCGCCGUGAAUAAAGAAGGGAGUCUGGUUUCCAAUGUUGGGAAAAAUGAUGUGAAUGCAGUCACAUGGGGAGUGUUCCCAGCCAAGGAGAUCAUUCAACCAACGGUUGUUGAUCCUUCAAGCUUCUUGAUAUGGAAGGAUGAGGCAUUUGAAAUCUGGUCAAGAGGAUGGGCACAAUUGUAUCCUGAGAAUGAUUCUUCCAGAUCCCUUCUCCAAGAGGUAGAGAAAACUUACUACUUGGUGAGCUUGGUGGAUAAUGAUUACAUCAACAGCAACUUGUUCUCUGUUUUCAGUGGCUUCUAAAACUUGUUCACUUAUAUCCCUGGUUCUCCAUCUUUCUAAGGAAUCUCUAUAGAGAAAAUGAUCGUGUUACGAUUAUAAUUUUCUUCUUCGACGUCUUUUCUAUUUUUUAAUGUUGCUACAUUCGUUGUGCAUACUACGUGUGCCUAAGCAACCAAUUUGUUUAUCUCGAUUGAAGAAGAAAGAGCAAACGAGCUCAUAUUUACUUAAUAGCAUAUGUACAAGUACCAUUGUGUAAUCUGUAUUUGUAUUAUUGGGUUUUUGUGUUA